GUCGGCGUGGGGGAGGGGAGGGCGGGGCUCGCGGCCGCAGUCGGCUCGGCUGCCUUGCGCUGCUUUCUGUUCGCGUCGGCGGAGAGGCCGCGGCGACCGCAUCAGAGCUGACGUGGGCGCGACGUGGGGGCCGCAUCCGCCGGGUUGCCUGGGCGGCGGCCGUCGGGCUCUGCGUCCCCACCUCCUCCCGUCCGUAAUCAGUGACGAGUCCGCUACGUAAACCCUUCGCGGCGGGAUAAAUAAAGAAGAAAACAGGGAAGGAACAAAGCAUUGAUUAUACAUGUAAUAAUAAUGAGCAAAUGUGGCAGGAAAAAGUAUAUGAGGACAAAUGUAAGGCAGAUGACCAUGGAAACAGUUGAAUCCCAGCAGGAUGGAAGUGUAACACAUUCAGUGGCAGAGCACAGCUCUGCUCAUAUGCAGACUGGCCAAAUUUCUGUUCCUACUCUAGCUCAGGUUUCUGUAGCUGGAUCAGGCACUGGAAGAGGCUCCCCAGCUGUGACUCUAGUACAGUUACCUUCAGGCCAAACUGUACAGGUGCAGGGAGUAAUUCAGACACCACAUCCAUCGGUUAUUCAGUCACCACAAAUACAAACUGUUCAGGUAGCAACAAUUGCAGAGACAGAUGAUUCUGCAGAUUCAGAAGUAAUUGAUUCACAUAAACUUGCUAUAGCCCAAGGUGGAACAAUCCAGAUUUCUAACCCAGGAUCUGAUGGUGUUCAGGGACUCCAGGCAUUAACAAUGACAAAUUCAGGAGCUCCUCCGCCAGGUGCUACAAUUGUACAGUAUGCAGCACAGUCAGCCGAUGGCACACAGCAAUUCUUUGUCCCAGGCAGCCAGGUUGUUGUUCAAGAUGAGGAGGCUGACCUUGCCCCAAGUCACAUGGCUGCUGCCACAGGUGACAUGCCAACUUACCAGAUCCGAGCUCCUACUACCGCUUUGCCACAAGGUGUGGUGAUGGCUGCUUCACCAGGAAGCCUGCACAGUCCCCAGCAACUAGCCGAAGAAGCAACUCGCAAGCGGGAGCUGAGGCUGAUGAAAAACAGGGAAGCUGCUAAGGAAUGUCGACGUCGAAAGAAAGAGUACGUGAAGUGUCUUGAGAGCCGAGUCGCAGUGCUGGAAGUUCAGAACAAGAAGCUUAUAGAGGAGCUCGAAACCUUGAAAGACAUUUGCUCUCCCAAAACAGAUUAGUAGAAAUAUUUAACUAUGAACUGAUUACAGCAUGUACAGUUGCUUUUGAAUGCAAUACAAUAUAUAGCCGGCAAGAAUUAUGGCUUUUUCCUUUGUAUCAUUCAUCUAACUUUCUAAACUAACAUUCCCAGGAUGCUCUGUUGUAUCUAAUUUGCUCUUACCUCCAAGGUCGACUUUUUCGAAGAGACAAACUGUAAGAAAUGUAUGUAACAAAUGCUUAAAAUGAAGUAUUUGUAAGACUUG